AUGCCUCGUGUAGUGGCGGAGAAUGAAGUGGAUAGCAUGGCGGCGUUUUACCAAAGAGGACAGGUGGCUGCCUCUCCGUCUCUCGGAGAGCUUCUUAAGUUCGUCGGAGACAUAAGGAAGGAGGCGAACGGUGAUGAGACUCCGGCGCAUCGUGUUUUGGAGAUGAGCGAAACCAGCAACGAGCCUAGAUCGUUGCCGUUUGUUUUGAAGUUCAAUAAUCUAACUUACAGUGUGAAAGUUCGGAGAAAGAUGGCGGUUCCUUCUCUGUUUGGUCGCCGGGAGAGGCUUGGUGAUUCUUCUGUUGGAAGUGAGCAUCUGUUUUCCAGAAGCAAGGUUCUGUUGAAUGAUAUCUCCGGUGAAGCGAGGGACGGCGAGUUAGUGGCGGUGUUAGGUGCGAGUGGAUCUGGAAAAUCAACUUUGAUCGAUGCUCUGGCGAAUCGGAUCGCGAAAGGAAGCUUGAAAGGAACUAAAACUGGUGCAAUAGCUACAACACAAUCCGUAGCUAUUCCGUAG